GCUCCCUCCUCCAGCUCCCCAUCCGCUCGCUGGCUUUUCCCCAUUUUCCCGGGGUCAGGAGGAAAAGCCAGACCACGCCAGACGAUCUCUGGCGGGCCCUGGCUGCCACUCCACAAACACGAAUCAACAGCGAGUCGGCCAAUGCCGAUUCGAUGAGCAACCGUUUCGUAUCUGCACAAGGCCAGCUGAACCCUGCCAGCCUGCCAGGCACAGCGUUCACCACCCCUGACUCGCAGAGAGGGAAAAAGAAGCUACUGUGGGCUAAAUUUGGGUACUCACUACACUACUGUGGUAUACGGCAUCCAUGGACCCGCUUGACAGGCCAUGCGUCUUUGUUGAUCCUCUGCCAGUGUUGCUGUGUAAUUACUCUGAUAUAAGGUUAACCUGCAUCCGCGUCACCGGGACGAGGCCUGUUCGAUUCCUUUGUUCUCAUCGCCAGACUCUUGUCCAACGACACGCCCACGAUCGUUUAUUCAGCUUCCAACUAAAUUCGUCACUCGCUCACGAAUCCGUUUAAUUCUUUCUUCUCCGGAACAGGAUAAUAACCAGCAAACUAAUUUUCAAAAUGGUCUCCUCCCUGGCUCUCCUUGCUCUCGCCUCCGGCGCCCUGGCCCUCAAGGUCACCUCGCCCGACUCCAACACCAUCUGGAGCACCGGUGAGAAGCAGACCAUCGAGUGGGAGUCCGUCUCCAGCGACGAGUCUAGCUUCAACAUCUACCUGUCCAACAAGGCCACCUACCCUCCCACCGACGUCCUGCUUGCCUCCGACGUCCAGACCAGCGCCGGCUCCAUCGAUGUCGACGGCAGCAAGCUCUCCACCGGUGACAGCUACACCAUCAACCUGACCAACGGCACCAAGACCGAGCAGCUCUACGCCCAGUCGAACCAGUUCAACAUCACCGAGGGUUCGUCUCCCUCCUCCGCGUCCUCGACGGCGCUCGCUUCCUCGACUGCCUCCUCGUCGAGCACCGCGGCUGACUCUACCGCAGCUUCGUCCACCGCGAGCGCCGCGAGCUCCAGCGCCUCGGCCACUGGCACUAGCAGCAGCUCCUCCGAGGAGGCGUCCUCCACUGCCUCGUCGUCCUCUGGCAGCUCCAGCGCCAGCGGGACCGCCACCGGCAGCAGCAGCUCCAGCAGCUCCACCUCGACCUCGGCUGCGACCUCCGGCGCUGGAAAGAUUGUUGCCAGCUGGGUUGGUGUUGCCGCCCUCGCCGCCCUGGCUCUGUAAGAGCCUUCGAACUGCGCGGAUGGGAAGAGGCGAGAGUGGAAGUUGCAAGUUAGGGAAGAAGAUGGUCUCGGCUGUUGUUUUCCCCGGACCGCCGCCAUCGUUAUCACCAACACAAUUAUAGACGGGGGUUAAUGUGUAAUGAAAUAGAUACCAUUCUGCAUUGUCAUUGAAGGCUGGUCUUGUUAAGAAACACCAUGCAAAAACGAAAGGCCAUGUGGGAUCCCACAUUGUGAGCACCGUUAGUUCGCAGUGUCGACAAUAUCUUAUUUCUGCGAGGCCAAUAACACACAUCUUUGACCCCCAUGCCGCUGCCUGCUCAGCAUUGUUUUUUCCCCAGUGUGAUGAUUUUACUGCCCACUUUAUUUUUGAAAAGACAACAACUGCAAGUUUAGUCGCGCCGGGCCGGUCAUGCUUGCCCGUAUGGUUUCCGGCAUCUCGAAGAUCGGGGUCGGGACAGCCUGCUUUCUAGAGGUAGUGUCCACGACAGUAUAUCUGUCGGCGUCAAGAUUGCGGGGAAUGAAGAGGGGCCGUCGCUCAUGCCCAACACCCAUCCAGAUCUCAAUCCCGUUUGAGGUCUUAGUGCCGGCUUCCUUGGUAAGUGGUUUCGUUUAUAACCCCCUUACAUAUCAAACGUAUGUGGCGGCCCCAUACAGUGGUCAACGCUCAUAGACCCAUGGCGUGGCAAAGUGGUCGUUGGUUCCUCUUAGGUCUGGGCGGUACUCGACUUCCUCAGCUUAUCCAGCAGUCGAUCCAGGCUCUCCUGGUCUUCCUCCAGGCUGUCUUGGUGAACAUUGGUUGGGAACCCGUCUUCGAGACAAGACUCCAUCUCACCCUCAUCAUCCGCGUCCGACCAAUGUGAGGGCAAGAUGCAGUUAUCAAAACAGAUGUACCGCUGGGGGGAGAUCCUGACGCGACAAGUGUCCCGGUGUUCGAGGCCAUACGGUGUUUUGUCCCGAUAAGAGAUUUGGUCGAAUCGGAAGUCCAUCAGGUUGGGCAAGUCUGCGGCGAUGCGGUCCAGGAAAUGACUCCACUUGCCACCGUACGAGAAGUGUUCACCGUUGCUGUACUCGCCAUCAUCGGGCAGCCUGGUCCAAUUCGUGGUCGGGACCUUCCACUGGGCCAUGUUGUGCUCGUCGAUACAUAUCCAGGAGGCAAUCAUGCAGUUGUGCAUGAUAAGCUUGCGUAGCGAUUUGAUGGACAGGAUCCAGUCGAUGUCGCCGUCGUGCGCAAGCGUGUAAUGCCCCAGGGCCAGCGUCUCAAGCUUCGGGAACAAGAUACCGCUGGGGUCGAAGUAGCCCGGGAAGGGGCCCCAAUUGUCCGUCUUGUGGUAGAGGGAUAAUGCCUUGAGGUUCCCUGAGAUCGGUCUCAGCCACUCGGAGCACAGGUGAGCAGGGAAGGUCUGCAGCUCGACGCGUGCGUAAUCAUGGUCCGGGCCGGCUUCAUUGUACUCCUGGAUAAGAGACAGGUGCAACUCAUCGAGCUGGCCCAUGACGUCGCGAAAGAGGUCGGAGGAGGUGAAUCCGGGGAUGGGGCAAUUCUGAAGAUAAGCUCCAGAUUCUUCCUGCGACUCGACGCGUCCUCUGCCACUUCCUCCCACCGUCUGUUCUCACGCUCACCCAAGCACUCGGGGGUGAAGGCAAUUUCAAUGGAGCCAAGGUUGGGCAGCCUCGACAGCGCAGCAAGAGCCUCAUGGAACUUAUCGCCAUUCCCCUCCGGCUCCCUUGUGCCAGCACCGAGGCCGUGAUCCUUGAUGUCUGAGUGCGUGUGGAUGACGGCGUGACGAGGUAUCCGCCGAAUGUUUUCGUCCAGGCUGAUACUGUUCCAGGUCUUGAUGCGUUUUUUCGACGGGGAGAGGAAAACGACCUCAAAGAGAACCUUGGCGGCGUGCCUGUCUAGUUCCCUGCAGACCAGCCGUGUGUUUGACAGGUCUUUCUUGCCUUCGACUUGCUUAAUGACAUGCUCGACAACCUCCGGUGCGAGGCUCAGUAGCUUUCGGCCAGGGGCGUCGCUGCCAGCUAGACUGCCGUCUUGCGAUGACAUGAUGUUGUCCUUAAGUAUGCUCGGCGACUGCUGGAAUUAGUGACAGGGCGUCAAACAGUGGACAAAGGAGGAUUGCCCGAGUUUUAUACGUCAACUGGUACGGCCGCUGGGAACCAUGGAAUUGGAACAUACCAGCUUCUGCCUGGAACGACGGACCCCAAGUGCCUUGGCUCCCCGGGCGCUAUUCCCAUUCCUUGACGGCAGGGAUGAUUGGGCCAGCCGCAUCAGCUGCCUAGACUAGCCCAGGCACGGCAUGACAUUAGAGGCGGGUCAUUAUUGGUGAACAGUCUCAUGGUUCCCUGGCCU